UAGUGGGACUUCAGAGAAGAACUGGACUUGAUUCCCAACACUAAGACAUCCAUGUACCUGACUUUUCUUUCUCUUAAUAUUGAAGUAGAAUGUGAGGCUUACUUUGCUUAAUAGAGUCUCGAACUAGGGCAAGAUUGAUGGUUGUGUUAGGUUCAUUGACAUGUGGAAUUUACUAGUUUUAGCCAAAGGAUGGUGUGCUGUUGGAACACCUCUGUGUCAGGUUCAAUGGCAUGUGGAAUCUACUAGUUGGGAGGCAUCCUAGGCCAGCUUUAGAAUAUGAGAAAUCACAGGAAAAGCCUGUUGAAAUUGGCUCAAGCUCUUUGACAACUCCAAAAUCCCCAUGGAUGCCAUUUAAAGCACUAUUUGAAGCUAUUUCAAAAGAAGUUGCUCCGAAAGAUAUGAAAUUGGUUAAUGUUCACUAUGAUCUAUUCAGGUGCAAGAAGAUCAGCCGGGAUGGUUUUAUUCAGAAGUUAAGAGCAAUUGUUGGAGAUGCGUUGCUGAGGUCAACCAUAAUGAGCCUUCAGUGCAAGGUAAUGUUGUCCAUAUGAGGAUUUACUGGUGAUGGAUACAUACAUGGAGAUGUUCAUGUGGAUCAAUGUCUGUAUUGUGUAUGUUCAUGGCUGGCCUGUGGAAGACAAGCUCGACUUGCUUUCACAGUUAAUUUGGCUCCUAUAUGUGGCUGGCUUCCCUUUCCCUGGUCUUUUUCAUAAUUUGUUUGCUUGUUGCCCUCAUCCUUUUGUCAGGGAGUCUUCUUCAUUCAGCAAUUUUUUCUCAGAGUGUAUGAUUUUUUUUUUCUUUUUCAUCUAUAUAUUUUCUCAGUCCCAUCCCCUUGUGUUUCCCACAUGCCAUAUAUAUUUUUAGAAUAAAAAACUUUAUAUGGUGUA